UGCAGGGGCCAAGAGUUCGAAUCCGACCUGCCCCCCUUUCCUGUCUGUCCUCGGCUGUAACUAUCCAAUAAAGGCAAUAAAAGGCCAAAAAAAUAUGGUGCACUGCAUAUAUUGCAUAUAUUGUGCACACACAUAUAUAUAUAUAUAUAUAUAUAUAUAUAUAUAAAAUAUAGUCUGGACUUACAGGUCAAGGUCCAAUUACCUAAAAAUAACUGAUGCCUAACCCAUACAUGGAUAUCACAAAGACGUCAUCUCAGACUCAUGGGUUGACUCAUGCAUCAUCCUACUUAAUAUAAAGUCAUGAAACUGAUUUCAGGCUCAUUUUGUGACCGUGAAAGAAGAGACUGAACUGUUAUCUGAGAGUUUUACAGGCUCCUCAAAUCAGCUCAAUGAAUUCCUCAUCUUAUGGCUACAACGUGUCCAGUGUUCAGAGUCAACGAGACUCUUACAGCACAGCUGUGGCCAAAAAUGUGAUUGUUCUGGCUCUUGGUCUUACCAUCAAUUAUAUCAAUGGUACCCUGAUUCACACCUUCAGAAAACACCAGAUAUUUUAUGUGAAUCCUCGUUACAUCCUAUUCAUCCACCUGGUGGUGAACGAUAUGAUCCAGCUGACUACGACAAUAAGUCUGUUUGUUUCAAGUUAUAUCUUCUACAAAAUUAAUGUUUCCCUUUGUUGCUUCAUUGUUACCUUAGCUGUCUUCACCACCCUGAACACUCCAUUAAAUUUAGCUGUCAUGGCAGUGGAGUGCUACAUUGCUAUUUGUUUACCACUGCGGCACGCUAAGCUGUGUACAAUCAAAAGAACAUAUAUUCUGAUUGGAUGUAUUUGGGCCAUGAGUGCAGUCUCAACCCUGCCAGAUGUGUUCAUUAUUUUUGCAACAGAGCCUGUUCAGUUUUUUUAUUCCAAAAUCUUUUGUGAUAAGAAUACCAUGUUCCGACACCCUAUACACUUGAAAAAGAGGGACGUUUCCUAUAUAAUUUAUCUUGUUGGUGUUUGGCUCAUUCUCUUCUACACUUACAUCAGGAUCUUCUUAGCUGCUAAAGAUGCUAAAGCUGCUAAAUCACCUGAUGGAAAUGCAAAUAAGACCAGAAAUACCAUCCUGCUCCAUGGCUUUCAGCUACUGUUGUGCAUGCUAACCUAUGUGUCUCCUGUGUUUAACAAGACUCUGUUCUACUGGUUUCCCAAACAUUAUUUACAUCUCAUCUUUAUUUCCUACAUCAUCAUCCAGAUAUCUCCCAGGUUUGUCAGUCCUAUUGUGUACGGGAUACGGGACAAGACAUUUAGACAGCAUUUGAAAAAGUAUCUGCUGUGUGCAGCGAGAGCGAGCAUCAAACCGUGGACUGCGGCAAAAUUGAUGUUGCUGUACUAGACUAACGCAGAUCGUGCCCUCUACUAUGUUAAGAAACCACAAGCAUGAUCAGACUCCGUCUAACUCUAAGAGCACUUUAACAGGACAACAUCCAAUUUGAUUUUGAUGAUAUCCCAGAAUAAAUAUUAAUUAGCUACAGAUCAUAAUAAUGUACAACUUGGUGGUGGUUGAUCUAACGAUCACCGACAGCUAAAAAUGAGAAGUCUGCCAACAUUACCUUCAUGUUUUGUACAUGUCUUGCACACUAUCCGUGGCUUGGAUGUUGUUGUUACAUGACAUUACAUUAUAGUGUUGCUAUGCUAUGUGUUACACAGCACAUAGAAUCAUAGAUGGUGAAUACAGCAUGAUAUAAAAAAGUAAAAAACCACCACAAAGACCAAUGAGGCUCUCCUCACAGAUAUACUUGUGGUGGUGAUAUAUCAUCUAUGUUCUCUACAAAGCCCACAAAAACUAAUUUGGAGUUGCUGGUCUGCCACUGCCUUAAUUAGUUUAGUAUUUGACUUAGGUGUUUUAAUGUAUUAAUAACAGGUAGAGAUGAACCUGGUGAAUGCGAUCUGCCAGCCGUUCAGUGCUGCAGUGUGAACCCCAAGACCCCUGGGUGCUCUGCAAGCUGCUACGUUUUUCCACAAGUCCCUGUCCUGCUUGGUCUGCUCUAUAUGUGUUUGGAUUUGUCUUUUAUUGUAAUGUGUCGUACAUUUUCAGUGCUGCAAGUGAGAAUAGUUUUGAUGCGAGAUAUUCACAGGCGAGUAGUUUGCAUUUUCACCAUGUUCAACAGCCAUGUUUCUCUAGUAGUCCAGAACGGACACUCACUGGCCUUAGAAGGAGCCUUUAAUGUUUUUUUCUCAGGUUUUGUCACCACCGUAGUUUCUCCUACACAUUUCAUAGCCCAUUCCCAUUCCCAGGUCAUCAAAUACUGACGGAAGCGGUGUUCAGUUAGUUGCAGUCUGCAACUUCUCUGCUAAAUGCCAGUAAAUUCUACACACUGGUCCUUUAAGUGCUCAGUAUUUUAUUGCUGCUGUCAGGUCCCAAAAUAAAGCAUUCUGUUGUGUACAAAUAAAAAUGUAUCUUGUAAUCUUUAUAUUUUAAUAAAACACUCUCUAUCUUGAAA